AUGGCGACGUGGGCGUACCCCCCACUGCCCGUUGGCCAGUUGGCCCGCGAAGCUGACUCCGCACUGGCUCGUGAAUUGGAGUGGCUUCUCCAAUCCCUGCAGGAGUCACUGGCCUCGCUCAAAGAAGGUCUUUUAGAGUGUGCUGCCCUACUGGCGCCACAGGAACCGGGUUCGACCCUGGUUCUGUCGUCAUUACGGUCCGAACAUGUCAAAGGCUUUGUGACUCGUGUCGGCACUCAGGUGGUCAAAGGGGAUAUCCAACUCCGGCUGAGCUCACUACCGCCGCCACGGGGUGCUCCCAGCACCCGCCUCACCUUGUCUCAAUCUCCCGAUGCUCCUGGCAUGGUUUUGCCGCAGCUCGUCUCCGUACGAAACUUAGUCAAUCAGAGCUUGGACAUCGUAGAUGUGAGCACGUACACAGGGGACCCCUUGAAUGCAAGCUUUAUCUUCGGCCAGCUGCAUCUCCUGCAGGAGACGAUCAGCGAGGCUCGUCAGAUGCUGAAGGGGGACGGAGACGUGCGUGGAAAUUGGUGGGACGGCAGUGCCGCCGACAACACAUUCGAUCCUCCACCUCCUCCUUACCUUUCCUUUCACCUUUCCAUCGCAGAUUCCGCAUUGGUUCUCCUUGUCCGUACCCUCGAAAGCAACACUAUGACGCAGGCGCCCUCCGCCUUUGCUACGGACAUCUCCUUGACCGGGUUUUCCCUGCGGGACCGGAUCUUUGGAACCCGGAAUCGCGCGCAUGAUGAGGUCGGCGACGUAUUCAUCUGGAAAGGCGAGGAAGUACACGUUCGCGAGAAAGUGCGAGUCGAAAGCCAAGACCCGAGCUUGAUGGCUGUCAUGGCCAAGCUGACAGCGUUAGAGCAUGAAGUGAUGCGCUGGGUAGCAGCCCUGCGGAUAUUGAUGGGGAACGAGGACACGGAGAGCGAGGUAUAG